UAAAAAUUGAAGAAACUACACAAGUAUUGAACACUAGUAAAAAUGAGUUCCAAUUCCAACAAGAGUACACUUCCCAAGGAAGCAGGAGAGGUGGAUGAUGCUUACCUCUCUGCUACGUUACUUUGCUUUAGCCGGAUCCUCCCUGCAGUUCUAAAUGCUGCUAUUGAUAUCAAUUUGUUUGAUAUCAUAGCAAAAGCAGAGAGUUCAUGUCAUGCAUCUUUAUCUGCCUCUCAAAUUGCUUCUUUGCUUCCAAAUCAACACCCUCAAUUGGCUAAUAGGCUUGAACGCAUCUUGCCACUUCUAGCCAGUUAUUCUCUUCUAGAUUGCUCCAUUCGCACCAAUCAAGAUGGUAAGACUGAAAGAGUUUAUUCCCUCUCACCCGUUGGCAAAUACUUUGCUUUUGAUAAUGAUGGAAGCUCCCUGGCUCCUCUCACAACUUUAAUAAAUCGCGGAUUUCAUGACCUAUGGACGGAUGUGAAGGAUGCAAUUAUGGUCCCUAAUUGCGAUACCCAUUUCGAAAAUGUCUACGGGAUGCCGUCAUAUAAAUAUAUGGAGAGAAAUGAAGAGCUAAAUACCAUUUUUUACAAAGCAAUGGCUCACUGUAGCCCACUACCACUUAAACGUAUACUCAAAUCAUACAAAGGAUUUGAGGGAGUGUCAACAUUGGUUGAUGUAGGAGGUGGAGUAGGAGAGACUUUAAAACGGAUUAUCUCUGCAUAUCCUUCUAUUAAAGGAAUAAAUUUUGAUUUGCCUCACAUGAUUCAAAAUGCACUAUCUCAUCCAGGUAUAGAGCAUAUUGAAGGAGAUAUGUUUGAAAGUGUUCCGAAUGGUGAUGCUAUUUUACUUAAGCAAGUGUGUCAUAAUUGGUCGGAUGAAGAUUGUGUUAAGUUUUUGAAAAAUUGUUACAAAGCGUUGCCGCCCCAUGGGAAAGUGAUUGUGUUGGAUAUUAUAAUUCCUGAAGUUCCGAAUUCGAGCAAUAUAUCUAAGCAUACUUUUGUUGUUGACAAUCUCAUGCUUUUGGCACCUGGUGGAAAGAAAAGAACUGAGAAUGAAUUUAAGAACUUGUGCAAGAGCUCUGGUUUUUCCAAGUUUCAUUUUGCAAGUAGUACAAUCUCAGCUACGCCAGCAGUGAUGGAAUUCUACAAAUAGAAGUUGCCGUGUAGUAAUUUGAAUCCAUAUAUAUUACUAGUUAUUUUGAAUAAUAAAAAAAAAAGUUGUGGAAAAAAUAAUGUAACGAUGAGUUGACGUGGGAAAUUUGUUCAGAAAAUGAAAUGAAUUAUUGAUUUCUCAAUAUAUAUAUA